AUGUUAUAUUGUUUUCUAACACUUUUGUCUGUUGCCACAGUAUGUGGAAACUUCCUUGUAAUAAUUUCUGUGUUUUACUUCAAACAGCUCCACACUCCUACUAACUUCCUUAUUCUGUCUCUGGCUGUGGCUGACCUGCUUGUGGGGAUCAUAGUAUUUCCUUUAAGCAUGGUAUUCUCAUUUAGCUCAUGUAUGUACCACGGAGAUUUAUUCUACAGAUAUUGUGCAGUUUGUCAGCCAUUAACAUAUAAAUCUAAAAUCAGUCUUCAUGUUGUUGUCUUUAUGAUUACUGUGAACUGGGGUGCUUCUGCGAUUAUUGGAAUUGGUAGAACAGUACCAAAACCUGAACAAAAAUGUCAAGAAAAUUGUUUUAUUGAUGUUCUGAUGACAAACACAAUUGGGCCCAUUUUAUCCUUUUACCUUCCACUUGUCAUAUUGUUGUGUGUUUACCUGAAGAUUUUCCUUGUUGCACAAAGACAGGCACGAAUCAUCCAAACUAGGAUGAAAUGUGGAGCGAGUGUCAGUAAGAUGGAGAGCAAGGCCACUAAAACUCUGGCUAUUGUUUUGGGAGUUUUUAUUUUUUGUUGGAGUCCUGGUUUUCUUUGUGUCACGUUUUUGCCUAUAACCAACUAUUCAAUACCAGUUCCUGUGAUUGAAGCUCUUAUUUGCCUUGCACUGACCAACUCAACAUUAAAUCCAUUAAUUUAUGCUUUCUUUUACAGCUGGUUCAGAUCAGCCUUCAGAAUUAUUAUGUCCGGUAAAAUAUUACUUGAGCCCUGA